ACUGCCCAUACCACGCUGGGGAGUGGGAUCCCCCGUUACAAAGGGGUUAGCCGUAUUUCUAAAGCCAAAGUCAAGCCACUGGCUAAGCCCGGAUAAUACUUUUCCCGCGUAAAGUUUGUAUUCGCGAUGUUCGCAUCGAUUCUUCGUUUUUUUUCGCCAGUUUCUUUUGCAGUUUUGUUUCCGUUCAAGUCCGCCUAAGUGUUCCUUUUCAAUCGGGGGGAUGGCGUCGGAAGCGGCAGAUGACUCGGAACGUGCCGCAGAUGCAUAAAACACGGGUGACUACUUAUAACCGGCGGCGCAGCGGCCAGUCGUCAGCAGUCACAACAUGGUUCACAAGCCCCUCCGGUCGCAAGCAGUCACAAGCCGAGCUAACCGGAACUGCUCUUAAAUCAUUCGACUCCGAAUGGCAGAGAACGGACUGCGAGGACAAGGGGGCGGAGCUCUCCUUCCAAGGAGCCGAAUUGCAGAGGCAACCAUUGAAGAUGGACCAGGAGGGGAGGACAGACGGCGGUGCGACUUCUCCGCCCAAUCUUAUGGUGCCCACAGAACUAACAACACCAGAACUUGCCCACACAGCAUUCGACUCCGAAUGGCAGAGAACGGACUGCGAGGACAAGGGGGCGGAGCUCUCCUUCCAAGGAGCCGACUUGCAGAGGCCACCAUUGAAGAUGGACCAGGAGGGGAGGACAGACGGCGGUGCGACUUCUGACCCCAAUCUUGUGGUGUCCACAGAACUAACAACACCAGACUGCAUCGGAGCAUGCUAUGGCGACAAAGUGGAUACCUUUGACCGUAACUGCCGCAGAGGUGACACCUCUCCCCAGACCAACAAUUCUGGCCCACACAAGCAGCAGACGCACCGACGACCGAAGAAGCACCCGUGCCGCUUCUGUCCUUACUCAUGCCUUUCCGCAGCGGCUGUCGCCAUCCACGAGAGGACUCACACUGGCGAGAGGCCCUUCAGUUGCGAUGCCUGCGAGAAAACAUUCACGCAGAAGCCUCACUUGAUAUCUCACGUUAAAAUUCAUACCGGAGAGAAGCCGUUCAGGUGCAACACGUGCAGCAGGGCGUUUAGUCGUAAAUGCAUCUUGGCAAAUCACGAAAGAAUUCAUACAGGAGAGAAGCCGUUCAGGUGCAAUACGUGCAGCAGGGCGUUUACUCGGAAGUACAAAUUGGCGAAUCAUGAGAGGACUCACACCGGAGAGAAGCCGUUCAAGUGCGAGACCUGUGGUAGAGCGUUUGCGGCUGAUACCUAUUUACACAGUCAUCGGAAGAUACAUCGCAAGUGAUCAAAACCCUCACAUGCAUCAUAGUUGUGAAAGGGGUUUAAACGAAAUACUCGAGCACCGACGUGUGUUCAUUUGGCAGGGGUUCUACUUGCGAGCAGUGUGUGUUUUGCAUGGUUCAAAAUGUUUCAGCCUGUUAUUUAUCGCGUAAACACAGAUAAAAAAAAUGUGAAUUUACCUUAGACAAAGCGACCAGAGUUCUUUUUUGUACACGAAAAAAAGAAAAUACUCGAAGCCUAAUCUUUUUUUUAUUCAUUUAGAGUCAUUAAUCACGUGAUGCACCUGGACCUCUAGGUUGUCUCUGGGGUCACUUACGUUCCUUAGAGGUCGGCCUACUCAUGACCAUAAAUGUACAAACUUAUAAAAUAACUAAGGUCUUUCAAUAGCAGCAAUCUUGAAUAUUGCAAAUGUUAAGAAAGUACAAGAAAAACCG